AUGCACGGUUAUGACUCGCCGAUACCUACACAAGCUGUAGGCCAUUUUCCAGUGAUUGAAGCCACUGUUUUGGAAAGGGUGGAUGCCCAGCUUUCUCAGACACAGUCCUACGUACACAUCUUCGAGAUCCCUCGGCAUGUACCAUUUGCUGCGUACGUCGCGGAUUGGGCCUCCGUUGAUGACGUAGCCGAACGUGGCCACCCACCUCAUGCCCAUCAACGUUUUGAGGGUAAGGUUAUGGUACGAGUCGAUGAAGUCCUCGACGAUGAUGUCAUGGAAGAUCUGACUCUCCUGCUCUACCAUCUGGUUCAAGACGGGGUCAGCAUUCUUGCCCAGGAGGAAGAGGGUGGCGAUCUGAAUACCUUUAAAGUUGUUUUCGUCUCCCCAGGUCUCUCGGAUGGCUUGCCGGGCAUCGAACUCUUUGUGCGUCGUGCUGAUGAGAAUGACAAGGAAGGGGACACUCUUCUCGCACUUGUUAGGCUCUAUGAAUACACUACCAGAACGACUGCAGAUGGAGGUGGGGCGUUUCGCCCAUGGAGUCUCUACGGGGCAGAGAUGACAGCACAAGACAAUACAAUCAAGACCUCCUGUAACACAGAAAAAUCGUGUGUCCUAGAUAUCCUCUCUGGACCUCAGUUUCCCCCACCUAAGGAAUGGAAACAACUUUCCUCCCCCAUCAGAGAUGCUGUCACUGGACAUUGUUUUUCUGACCAGCAACAUUCUGUCUCAGAUUUUUGUGGUGCAGAUUUGCCUCCGGCCACGUCCACAGCAUGUCUGAUGUAUGCCUCCUACUCCGGGGACUCAGAGGAUCAACUGAACAAUUUCCAAAAGCUGACACAGAAGCUCCACAUUGCCAAUGAAGACAUCGAGGCGGUUGUCCUGCCUAAAGACACAGAGGAUGGAAGUGGCUUCUCAAAAUGCCUUUCUAACCCGGGAUUCCCUAAAAAUGAGUUUCUGCAGUAUGCCAGGGGAUGGUUGGCUGACAUUGUAGCUUCACAGAAAUCAACAACUCUGCUACUUUAUUUAAGGUGAAUUUCAGAUGUCCGUGUUGUAAAAGGGAUAUAUAAAAAGUGCCAAAGGACAUUUAUUAAAAGUUACCUUGGAUAUUUCCUGGGAAUCUUAAAGGAAUGUGAAAUAAAUU